GCUGCGCGCCGAGGGGCGGGGCCGCUGGCAGUUGCUGGCGAGCCCGGGAGGCGGAGGAGACCAUCGUAGCCGCUGCUGUCGCAUCUCCGGAGGAUUCGUGCCUGCGGGUCCCCACUCCGCCAGCCUGCCAGCCAGCGGCCCGUCCCACCCGCAAGUGCUUGCGCUCCCGGCCUCGCCAGUGGUUCUCCACUCGCCUUGCAGACCGCGCCUUCUGCAUCAUGUGCGGUAUAUUUGCGUACUUGAACUACCAUGUUCCCCGUACAAGACGAGAAAUCUUGGAGACCCUAAUCAAAGGCCUUCAAAGACUGGAGUACAGAGGCUAUGAUUCUGCUGGUGUGGGAUUUGACGGAGGCAAUGACAAAGACUGGGAAGCCAAUGCCUGCAAAAUCCAGCUCAUUAAGAAGAAAGGAAAAGUUAAGGCACUGGAUGAAGAAGUUCACAAACAACAGGAUAUUGAUUUGGAUAUAGAAUUUGAUGUACAUCUUGGAAUAGCACAUACCCGUUGGGCAACACAUGGAGAACCAAAUGCUGUUAACAGCCAUCCCCAGCGCUCUGAUAAAAAUAAUGAAUUUAUUGUUAUUCACAAUGGAAUCAUCACAAACUAUAAAGACCUGAAAAAGUUUUUGGAAAGCAAAGGCUAUGACUUUGAAUCUGAAACAGACACUGAGACAAUUGCCAAGCUUGUCAAGUACAUGUAUGACAAUCGAGAAAGUCAAGAUACCAGUUUUACUACUUUGGUGGAGAGAGUUAUUCAGCAGUUGGAAGGUGCUUUUGCACUUGUUUUUAAAAGUGUUCAUUUUCCUGGUCAAGCUGUUGGCACAAGACGCGGUAGCCCUCUGUUGAUUGGUGUACGAAGUGAACAUAAACUCUCCACUGAUCACAUUCCAAUACUCUACAGAACAGGAAAAGACAAGAAAGGAAGCUGCAAUCUCUCGCGUGUGGACAGCACAACUUGCCUUUUCCCUGUUGAAGAGAAGGCAGUGGAAUAUUACUUUGCUUCUGAUGCAAGUGCUGUCAUAGAACACACCAAUCGCGUCAUCUUUCUUGAAGACGAUGAUGUAGCAGCAGCUGUGGAUGGCCGUCUUUCUAUUCAUCGCAUUAAACGCACUGCAGGAGAUCACCCUGGACGAGCUGUGCAGACCCUCCAGAUGGAACUCCAGCAGAUCAUGAAAGGUAACUUCAGUUCAUUUAUGCAGAAGGAAAUUUUUGAGCAGCCAGAAUCAGUUGUGAACACAAUGAGAGGAAGAGUCAACUUUGAUGACUAUACUGUGAAUUUGGGAGGUUUGAAGGAUCACAUUAAGGAGAUUCAGAGGUGUCGGCGUUUGAUUCUUAUUGCUUGUGGAACAAGUUAUCAUGCUGGUGUAGCAACACGUCAAGUUCUUGAAGAGCUAACUGAGUUGCCUGUUAUGGUGGAGCUAGCCAGUGACUUCCUGGAUAGAAACACACCAGUCUUUCGAGAUGACGUUUGCUUUUUCAUUAGUCAGUCAGGUGAGACAGCAGAUACUCUGAUGGCUCUUAGGUACUGUAAGGAGAGAGGAGCUUUAACUGUGGGCAUCACAAACACAGUUGGCAGUUCAAUAUCAAGGGAGACAGACUGUGGAGUUCACAUCAAUGCAGGACCUGAGAUUGGUGUGGCCAGUACAAAGGCUUAUACCAGCCAGUUUGUAUCCCUUGUGAUGUUUGCCCUCAUGAUGUGUGAUGACAGGAUCUCAAUGCAAGAGAGACGCAAAGAAAUCAUGCUUGGAUUGAAACGACUGCCCGAUUUGAUUAAGGAAGUACUGAGCAUGGAUGACGAAAUUCAGAAGCUAGCAACAGAACUUUAUCACCAGAAGUCUGUCUUGAUAAUGGGACGUGGUUAUCAUUAUGCUACUUGUCUUGAAGGAGCACUGAAAAUCAAAGAAAUCACCUACAUGCACUCUGAGGGCAUCCUUGCUGGUGAAUUAAAACAUGGCCCUCUGGCUUUGGUGGAUAAAUUAAUGCCUGUCAUAAUGAUCAUCAUGAGAGAUAAUACUUACGCCAAGUGUCAAAAUGCUUUUCAACAAGUGGUUGCUAGGCAGGGACGCCCAGUGGUAAUUUGUGACAAGGAAGAUACCGAGACCAUUAAGAAUACAAAAAGAACAAUCAAGGUGCCCCACUCAGUGGACUGCUUGCAGGGUAUUCUCAGUGUGAUCCCCUUACAGCUGCUGGCUUUCCACCUUGCUGUGCUGAGAGGCUAUGAUGUUGAUUUUCCCCGGAACCUUGCCAAAUCUGUAACUGUUGAAUAAGGAGUCAGAAACUCUGGAUGACUAAGCAACACAAGACACCUUUUUUAUUUAAAGUCUUGAUAUUAAAAUGUCACACUUUAACAUCUUUUUUUUUAUUUUAAAGGAAAUCCUUAUUUAUGUAUGAGUUAUAAUUAUUCUACUCAAUUUGUGCUUCUUGUGAAAUUACCUCAUAUUUUUCCAGUAAUUGGUGGGAGAGUUUGAAUAAUGGAAUCGAUAUUGAAAUCGGCAUCAGAAAGAGUUUUAGUUCUUCUUUUCUUUAAAGGAUGCUGGGUGUGUUGGAUCUGCGAUCCUCCUCAGUGUCAGUCUGAGAAGAUUUAUGUUUUUUUUUUUUUUUAAGAGUUGACGUUUGUUUUACUGUGAUAACUAUUCAUUCAGAUGAAAGAGUAACACAUUUGAUUGGAAUAUCUAAAACCAGCAGCAAUGUAUUAUGUCCAGUAAUACUUGGGCAGUGAAACCUUUGCUCAGUUGUAUAUAAAAAGAAGUCAUGAUUUAUUUUGAAAUUUGUGUUUUUCAGUCCAACUGUAAAACUAAAAACUGGACAUUUUUCUUGGUGGGGUUUAUAUCUAAGUAAGUUUAAUCUUAAUCUCUCAGAUUUACUGUCUAUUAACUGUACUUCAAGGCUAUAUAGUAAACUAAAUAGUAUAUAGAAGGGCAUUAUUUUCUCCAACCCUUAGAUGAACGUAUUUGCACAACUUCAUAGCACAAAUUUUAAAUUUGAGCUGCUUUGGGUAACUGACAAUAUAAUUUUAAAUUUGAUGAUAGAAUACAUGUGGGGUAUCCCGUUCCUUGUUUUUCAUGUUAAAAGAGUGAUUUCUGUUUCCUUGUACUUGUAGUUUUUUUUUUUUUAAUGACUGCUAAGUGACAUACUUUAUCUUGUUUUAGAAAAUUACCACUGAAUGGCUAUCAAAUGCCUUAAAUUAAAUUAAUACCAAUGCACAAUCAUCUUCAACUUCAUCCUAAUGAAAAUUUUCCUGCAGUCGGUUUUAAUAUUUCUUCAUUAUUUUGUUUCAUACAACGAGUACUUCCAUGCCAGUUAGGAAGCUUUCAUUCUUUAGAAGAUUUACAAGCUUUUUGACUAUUUUAACUCUAAAUUAAGCUUAGAAAAAAGACUUAAGCUUUAUAAUGAUCUUAGUGAAGAAUUAUAUCAAAUUUAGUAUUACUUUCCAGAUGUGUUUCUGUGUCCAAUGCCUGAAAUAUGUGGGAAUAGAGAAAUCACAAGUGAAUAAAGUCACAUUGAGUUGCCUUCAGCUGGUUAGUUUCAGAAACAGAAAUUUAGAGGAUGAUACUGCCUUGAGGCCCAAAACGUUGUGCAUACUAAAUAUGGGGCUUUUUUUUAAAAAAAACAAUCUUUAGGUUUAUACAACAGCUUGUUUAUGUUUUUUAUGUUCUUUAAAACAUUGUGAUGGUACACUAUUUAGCAACAUUAUUAUUUAAGUACGAUUGGUCUUUUAUUGUGCUUGAAUUUCUGUGAACUUGAUGAGACUUUUCUAGUAGUUAUUUCUGCCAGUGAAGUAUACAGUUUUAUUAAGGUUGGAGAAAGAAUAAACACAUUUUGAGGUAGUUUGGAAGAACUUGUUGGAGACUAGACGCUUGACCAUUAAAAAAAUAAUUAGUGUUACUAUUUACAUCAUAUAAACAUAGCUGCUGUAAGUCUACCUUUUAAAAACUAUUUCUAAGAUUAUUUUGUGUCUGCCUGCUAGUUGUAUUAUGCUUAUAGUGUUCUUUCUCAUUUGUUUCAUUAUUAUCUUAUGCACAUGAGUUAUGUGGGUUUGUAGCAUUUCUUAGUGGUCUCCAAUUUAAAUCAGUAUUCUAAGUGAAAAUUAAUAUGUGAAAUCGUUUUCACAGUCUUGCUUUUCUCUCUCUCUCUUUUUCCCUUCUGUCGAAAAACUCUCUCAAACAUAUUUUUCAAACAUAUCACUUUAAGCAAGAGUAAAUUCUAAAACAAAUAUCAGUAUUAAGAUUGAAGAUGUGGUACUUUCUCAAUACACAUGGUUUAUCCCUCUGACACUUCUUCUCUUUCCCAUUUAAUGUAGUGUUUUUUUUUAAAUGCUACUCAAAAUUAGUUAUGACCUAAAGAAAACAUUCUUUAAUGAAGCAAACCAGCAGUAAAUAUUCAUGCCCAGUUAAAACCAAUGCUACAUAGGAUAAGAACAUCUGAUUUUUCAGGAAAGAUAUUCAGCUAGAGGAAUCCUUUUUUUCUUGCAGUACAUUUGAGGUUUAAAUGCUUUCAUAUUUAAUAUAGUUCCUUAGCCUCACAUCUUGAACUUUUUUUUAGGCCAGUGGUCAUGUGUGGCAUCCAAUAUGUAGCCCAAUAAUGAUUGUAACUUUGGAGUUAGCUUCUCUUAUCUUAAAUCAGCUAUGCCACAGGAUUAAAUGAGAAGAGGAAAAUGACUAUUAAUUGUUUUUAGUUUGUUGUAACUAUCAACAAUCUUUUAUGAGCAAGUCACUGCUGGGAACUGGAAAAUAUAUUUUGUUCACUUGUCCUCAGAUGUACUCAUCAGUGAACACGAGGAUCAUUGGGAGGCACAGGGUAAGAAAAGUGCAAAAAUGAAACUGAAUUGGGUUGCUGAAUGUUGUGAGUAGCCUUGUUCACUUAAUAGUCCAUUCUUGGUGGUGUAGUGUGUUCAUAGGAAGUAACGUGUAUUUUGUACAGUAAGCGGUUUUCAUGGACUGUUCAUACAUGUGCAUAUUGUACUCUAAGGACUAGUAGGCAAGGGUUAGGCCAGUAAACAUUAGUACAACUCGAAGACAAUGAACACAGGGUGAUGUAGAUAUGGGGUGUUGGUUAAGGGAUUCAAUAUAGGUUUUCCUUUUUUGGCUUCUUAGAAAGUUCUUUCUGAGAUGAUACUGUCUUAGCUUUUUGAUUACUGUCUUUAUGGACCAAGUUAAUUAUAAGAAUGGGAGAAAAGGAACUUUUUAUAAUUUCUGUGGUACGAUUCCUUUGAAUUUCAGUAGCUGUAAAAGAAAACACCAUGAAUUCUUUGCUUUAACAUUUUAAGAAGACAUUUGGAAUCAAUUUUUAUCUUUAAAAAAUUAGGAUUUACUAUAGUAAUAUAAGGCUAAGACUAAUAUGAAUUGUUAUCUGCUACAACUUAAGUGACUUUUCUGAAAAGCACAAGGUCAUUUAAAAUGUUGAUUGAAAAAAUUAUUAGCGCACGUUGAAUUCUUGAAGGCCAAAGAUGUUAGAGGGAAUCAUAAAGGAACAUAUUAUAGUCUUAAAUCCAUAUAGUCAUUAGAUUUUGUGUACCAGAAUACUCGAUUUUGUUUAACCCAGAUUUUAGAUCACAUUACAUUGUUUUAACUCUGGAGUCUGAAGUUUUAACACUAAAAAGAGCUUCUCCCAUAAUAUUAGAAGCUUGUUAAUCUAUCAAUACGUCCUUAGUUUGACAAUUUCAACUAGAUCUCUCAUUUAAUAUCUAAUAGCAUUAGCUUCAAACCAGCAGUAUCCAGAGUGAAAAUAAAAACCAUACUUAAUUAGCAAGACUAUAAAAGUAUGCCAUGUUAACGUGUAAGUCUUUACCAGAUUACAGAAUAGAUCAUAAAUAAUAGAAUGUCCUAGGAAAUUCUCAAAUUGCCUUUCUUACUGUACUAGCUAACAAAUGACUACGGUCUGUGCUUGCAUUUUUAUGUGAAAAUUUGGUAUUUGUUUAAAUUAUACCUCUUGUGAACUGGACAGUUUGGCGUCAUCCUUGCUUUGCUUCACUUUUGUGGUCUUUAAAAUGAAUGUUUAGUUUGCUGAGCCAAUUGGUUACUUUUUUCCCUCAUAAUGUCUUGUAAGUCCAGUGAUUGUAUUCCUGAACUGUGAAUAAAUUACCAAAAACUUGCAGAGAAUCGAUUUCUGAAGUAACUUGCCAAUAUUUGAAGUGUGUAUAUGUUUCUAAUUGUGUUAAAGAUAGUGCUUACUAAGAAUGUAGACAAUGUUUAUUUUAGUUGUCAAUAAGCAUUUUGAUGCUAAAAUAUUAUUCACUACUGUUGUUUUUUAAAAAAAUUAUUUCAUAAAUAUAACCAAAAGCUGCCUAUCUUCAAUCUCCCAGUUACUUUGAAUGGGUCAUUAGAUAAAACAAAAGCUUUAAUCUUUAUAAUGCCAUCUUCCACAGAUAAUAAACUUUCUCAAGUCUUUAAACUAUUUUUUGUCAAAAAUUGAAUGUUUCUUAACAAAUUUCCCAGGUAUACAGUGAUUGAUUUUUAACCUGUAACAGUUGCCAAAGGACAUUACAAAUUUUUAUUAGUGACUUAAUAAUGAUAACAAGAUUGUAAAAUAACAGGGGUACAGUUCCAUACAGUUCCCACCAUCAGAGUCCUGUGUCCCAUCCCCUCCACUUCUCUAUUCUUUUUUUUUUUUCCUCCAGGGUUAUUGCUGGAACUUGGUGGAUUCACUAGAAUCCACUGCUCCUGGAGGCCAUUUUUCCCUUUUGUUGCCCUUGUUUAUCGUUGUUGUUACUGUUGUUGUUAUUGCUGUCAUGUUGUUGGUUAGGACAGAGAGAAAUCGAGAGAGGAAGGGAGGACAGAGAGGGAGAGAGAAAGAUAGACACCUGCUGGGGGCUCGAACCGGGAUCCUUACUCCAGUCCUUGCGCUUUGCACCAUGUGCGCUUAACCUGCUGCGCUACUGCCCAACCCCCUGCUUCUUUAUUCUUUACCUCUCUGAGAGAGUAUGGAUCAUUUUUUUUUUCCUCCAGGGUUAUUGCUGAGGCUCAAUGCCUGCACUAUGAAUCCACUGCUCCUAGUGGCCAUUUACUCCCAUUUUAUUGGAUGGGACAAAGAAAUUGAGAGAGGCGGGGGAGACAGAGAAAGAGACACCUGCAAACUUGUUUCACCACUUGUGAAGCGCCCUCCACCCCCCCUACAGGUGUGGAGCUGGGGGCUCAAACCCAGGUCCUUGUGACACUGCCCAGACCCCUGGACCUAUUUAUGGGGUGCAGAAGGUAGAAGGUCUGACUUCUGUAAUUGUUUCUCCACUAGACAUGGGCAUUGGCAGGUCGAUCCAUAGCCCCAGCAUGUUUCUAUCUUUUCCCUAGUGAGGUAGAGAGAGGUGAGACUUUGGGGCACAUUGGUGAGGUUGUCUGCCCAGGGAAGUCAGAGUGGUAUCUAGUAGCAUCUGCAGCUUGGUGGCAAGGAAGGAUAUUUAAGGUGGGUGAUUGCAAGACAAGUAUUUCUUUUUUUUUUUUUUUCCUCCAGGGUUAUUGCUGGGUUCGGUGCCUGCACCAUGAAUCCACCGCUCCUGGAGGCCAUUUUUUUCCCCUUUUGUUGCCCUUUUUGUUGUAGCCUCAUUGUGGUUACUAUUAUUGCCAUUGUUGAUGUUGUUCGUUGUUGGAUAGGACAGAGAGAAAUGGAGAGAGGAGGGGAAGAGGGGGAAAGAAAGAUAAGACAUCUGCAGACCUGCUUCACAACCUGUGAAGUGACUCCCCUGCAGGUGGGGGACCGGGGGAUUGAACCGGGUUCCUUAUGCCGGUCCUUGCACUUUGCGCCAUGUGCGCUUAACCCACUGUGCCACCGCCUGACCCCCAAGACAAGUAUUUCAUACCUAAAGUUUCUGUAGUAUCUGGUAAUCUAUUACGGUACAAAUAUUCCUUUGACAGAAUCCUCUUAUAAAGCAAGUUAGUGUCUAUCUCUAGUGCUUACAGUAUUUGCUAUGCAGGAGAUAGCAAUGCCAGGUUGAUUCAGAUGAACAGAUGUGCUGUUUCAUUUACUCACAGUCUCUUCCACCUCCCCCUGUGAAAACUGGAGCUCCAGACCCAAAUGGGCACUUCCCCCCCCCCAACUGGUCACAUUUUUUUUGACAAAAUUCAGUUUUGUUCCUAGUGAACAGUUUUCUUUAAAUUCGCCCUGAAUGAUUAGCAAUAUUUACUGCUUAUUAAAGGUCAAGAAAUAAUUUAUUUAAAAAAAUAGAUCACUUUUCAUCACGUGUCAUUUAAGGGAAGAUUUUUAAAACAUGGUUGAAGAAGUAAAGGAUAAUCUUGUUAAUUUAAAAAGUUUUCACUCAUUUUAAAAAAUUAAGUAGGAGCUGGGGAGCUGGGUGAUAGUGCAGUGGGUUAAGCGCACAUGGCACAAAGCACAAGGGUCAGCAUAAGGAUCCUGGUUCGAGCCCCCAGCUCCCCACCUGCAGGGGGUUGCUUCUGGUGAGGCAGGUCUGCAGGUGUCUAUCUUUCUCUGCUCUCUGUUCCCCUCUUUUGAUUUCAACAACAAUAGCAACAACAAUGAUAACAAGGGCAACAAAAAGGGAAAAAAAUAGCCUCCAGGAGCAGUGGGUUCGUAGUACAGGCAGUGAGCCCCAGCGAUAACCCUGGAGGCAAAAUAAAUAAAAAUAAAAAAAUUAAGUAGGAGCUUUAUUACAACCAACAUCCUGGAUCUAUAAUCUUAUCUUUUUCAUAUUUCAAAAGAUUUUUGAAUAUGAAAUGUGUGUAUAAUUUAAGGCAUGGAAUGGAAUGAUCUCUGGAUAGGAUUAUAGCUGUUUCUGUUUAUCUUUUAUACACAAAAUUAAAUACUUAAAAUUUCUAUUUUAUUUUAAAAGGCUUUUUACUUAUUAGGGUGAAGUAAACUAGCAUGCUUUCAUAUGCAUUAAAUUUCUUUGGUAAAAUGGGUGAUUUUUUUACCCAAGUUUGACUUGGGGCUGGGCAGUAGCGUACCCGGUUAACCACAUAGUACCAUGCACAAGGCCCCAGGUUUGAGACCACACUCCCCACCUCAGGGAGUUCACAAGAGGUGAAGCAGGUCUGCAGGUGUCUUUCUUUCUCUUCCACCAUCUCCCUGUCCUCUCUCAAUUUCUCUCUUUCCUAUUUAAUAGAAAAAAAAAAGGCCACUGACAGCAGUGGGUUCGUAGUGCUGGCAAUGAAAAAGAAAAGGAAAGAAAGAUUCGGUUCUACAGGUAGCACAGUGGCUUAUAAGCGUGAGAUUCUGCAUUUGAUUUGUGGCAUCACAUAUGCCAGAGUGGUUCCCUCCUUUCCUCUCCCUCUCUUCUCCCUUUCUCUCCCAUCCUUUCUCUCAUGUAGAUAAAAUAGUAUUCAACAAUCCUAAAAUCAGAACCUCUAAAUAAGUUCUAUCACAGAGACUCACAGUUAUUGCUUACCUUGGGGUCCAUUAAAGAUUAAUUUUUGUCUCACUCAGUUUUGUACGUUUUGAAAUGAAGAUAGAUGUGGGUUUUUAGAAGAAAAUGUUGUGGGGCUGGGUAGUGGCGCACCUGGUUAAGUGCACACACUACAGUGCACAAGGACCCGGGUUCAAGUCCUUGGUCUCCACUUGUAGAAGUAAAACUCCACAAGUGGUGAAGUAGGGCUGCAGCUGUCUAUCUCUAUUUCCCCUCCCCUCUCAAUUUCUCUUGUCUCUAUCCAAUAGUAAAUAAACACAAUAAGAAAAAGUUGCUAGCAUCCCAGAACAUACGACGAGUAGGUACUGGGCUAGCAAGAGAGCUCACUUGCAUAGUGUUCUUGCUUUGUCAUGUGUUGACCUAGGUUUGAGCUCAUACCCAGUGUAGCAGGUGAUAUUAAUUUUACAUCAUCUUACAAUACCCAGGUGACAAGGGUCUGGAUGUAUCCAGAUCUUGUACUUCCUAGGAAAUGCCAAUGCAAUGCUAAAUCAGUCAUGACUGUUUUACCAUGGCGGGUUUUGUGUGAGAUGGACUCAGUAGGAAGCUUUGGCUUCAAGUGACGCCCUAAAUUGGAUAGAGAAUAUCUGAGACAAGGAGAGUUUCCAGUUUCUAGGCAAGUGAAAUGUGUUAAGUUCAGAUGUCUUUGUUAGACUUGAAUGAAUCUAGCCAGUGCAAUUUAUUGAGCCUCAUUUCCCUCCCUCCUGUUUACUUUGGAUGUGAAACUGCCUCUGAAAUGUUGAUAAACUUAUUUUGAAUUUUAUCUCUUGCUUUUGUAAUCUAGCCUUUGAAUAAAAUGCAUACACAAAUGUUCA